AUGGCGGAAAACCACACCACCACAAGCGCGACGUCCGCGUCCGCGUCCGCAGACCCCAAGGAUCCGGCUUCCUUCCUGUCAUCCAUCAUCGGCGUGCCCGUGACGGUCAAGCUCAACUCCGGCGUCGUAUACAAGGGCGAGUUGCAGAGCGUGGACGGAUACAUGAACAUCGCGCUGGAGAAGUGUGCCGAGUACGUCGAGGGCAAGCUGCGGCGGAGGUAUGGCGAUGCAUUCGUCAGAGGGAAUAACGUGCUUUAUAUCUCGAGCGAAUGA